AUGGCUGCAUCAUCGAAAAAGCCCGGAGAAGUCGAACCCACGACGAGCCGGCGGCAUCCGCUGCAGCGUUUCGACUCACCAUCUAAAGGAUUUUCUGGCGCGUUGCACGUCGCUGGUCUGAUCAGCUUCUAUAGUUCCUUCAAGUUUCUAGUUGAUAAUCCCAAUAUCUUCAACUUGUCUUUCGGCUGGCACCUCCAGUUUCUGACCAUAAUCGGCCUUUCCCUGUCUACAGUAACAUUCAUCUUCGGUCUUAUCGCAGAUCUCACCUCGACCGCCCUCUCAAAAUCUCCUUCUCUAAAUUCAGAUCCACCCGCGAUAGCUCUUUCUGAGCACCUCUUCCGGUUGAAGAACUACCUGGCCUUGGUAGCAGCGCCGAUCGAAGUCACUAUCAGCGUACUAUACUGGACCUUGAAAGCCAUUGACGGGAAACUUCUGGUGCCUCCGGAUCUACCACUACCACCAGCCAUCUACGAUCUGGGCUUCCAUCUUGUCCCCGCUGUCGUCCUGACGCUCGAUUAUGUCCUCCUCUCCCCACCAUGGCCCACAACGCCUAUGAACGAAUCUGCGCCAAUGAUCACUUUAGCCCUUUCUACCGUUGUCGCUUUCACUUAUUGGAUUUGGAUUGAAAUUUGCUUCUCCCAGAAUGGCUUCUACCCCUACCCCAUCUUUGCGAUACUUACGACAAACCAAAGAAUCGGUUUGUUUGUUGUAAGCGGGGUGAUUAUGUGGGUCGUAGGCGGAUUGUUGAGAGUGUUGUAUGCGAAGAUAAACGGGUAUGAGAGUGUGGAGCACUUGGAGAAGGUGCGACGGAACAAAGUCAUGGGGGGUAGUGGGAAGUGGGAGUAA